CAGAAGACUUAAAUCUCUCACUCCAACAUUAUUGCAGUGGUGGGAUGGCAGCUCGCUGCUCGCCUAGAUCCGUAUCCAACUGUUUUAUCGAUCCUUCCUGUGGGCAUGACCGCACGAGUGAAAAGCUCUUUAACUCGUCAGGAAAAUAAAGAGGUAUAAGUAGUCACAGACUCCAUUUAAAUUCGUAAUCGUUUGUUUCAACUUCAUAGUCGUCUAGCAACUCAAAAGCAAGUAAAAGAGGCAGAGAGUCCGCCAUUUGUUUCCUCUUUGCUUAUUUCGCAUUUUCGCGUGAAACUUGGAGCGUGUGGGCCUGGGACGGGUUGGUCCAAUACAGCUCAUUAAUUCAUUCAAAAAUAGAUCUUAUUAAAAUCAACACAGGAACAAAUAAGCUUUGGUUUCGGUUUCUAAACUUUUGUAUUCGGCACGUAAUGCUGAAGUUUAUGUGUUCCUGUGUGGAUUCUAAUGAAACGCCGGUCUUUAAAACUACAGAUCCUUGCACUGCAGAAUAAUGGCAUUAACAAACUUGACUGCUGGGGAAAAGCAAAUUGAAACGUUUCGACAACUUCGAUGUUCGGCCGCCUGGGCAGGUGGAAUACAUGAACAUUUCAAAUAUCUUUCAGCGUUCAAUAUUUUUCUGUCCAUUACUGCAGCUCUUGGUAAUACUCUGAUCCUCGUUGCCCUUCGCAAGGUAUCGUGCCUUCAUCCGUCAUCCAAACUCCUGUUUAGAUGUCUGGCCACAACUGAUCUCUGCGUUGGUCUUAUUACAGAGCCACUCAGUGUUAUCUAUUCGAUGUCUGUGGCUCAAGAGAAAUGGAAACUUUGUCGCUACACACUUUCCUCGUUAGUUAUUACAGGCUAUACUUUGUGUUCAGUAUCUUUGCUGACGAUGACCGCAAUAAGUGUGGACAGACUUCUCGCCCUGUUGUUAGGGCUGAGAUACAGACAAAUUGUAACUGAAAGGCGUACAUAUGUGAUUGUAGUAAUCUUUUGGAUUAUGUCCGCUGUUGCUUCAAUAUUUUAUCUUUUAAAUCCGCUAAUUCCCACCUGGUACGGACGUUUAGUUAUUCCUUUAUGUCUAGUAACCUCAAUCGCCUCGUACGCAAAGAUUUUCUUAAACCUUCGUCAUCAUCAAACUCAAGUACAGAGCCAUUUCCAACAAGAACAGCCAGGCCAAAUAAAUCCACUGAACAUAGAGCGAUACAGAAAGGCAGUGUCCAGUGCACUGUGGGUGCAGUGUACAUUAGUUGCUUGUUAUUCGCCAUUUAGUAUAGUGCGAGCUUUAGUACGCUAUAGAAAGACAACCUCAUGGAGUGUUCUUAUUUUUGAACUUGCAACAACUUUAGUUUACUUGAACUCAUCGUUAAACCCGAUUCUUUACUGCUGGAAGAUCAGCGAAGUGAAACAAGCAGUAAAGGAGACAAUCAGAGAAGCNGAGAGUCCGCCAUUUGUUUCCUCUUUGCUUAUUUCGCAUUUUCGCGUGAAACUUGGAGCGUGUGGGCCUGGGACGGGUUGGUCCAAUACAGCUCAUUAA